AUGGCUGCUGCAGGAACCUCGCUGGCACUGUUACCUUUGGCCAUCUCGCUGUUUUCCCCCGUAGCUUGUGUCGCGCGUUCAUCUUCUCCAAGCAAAACUCCAGCUCCGACCAACGGCAGCGUCAGCGACCUUGCUGCGUUGCUGGCUUUCAAAGCUCAGCUUUCCGAUCCUCUCGGCAUCCUUGCAAGCAGCUGGACGACCAAUGGUUCCUUCUGUGGCUGGGUCGGCGUCUCGUGCAGCCGCCGCCGGCAGCGCGUGGCGGCGCUAUCCUUGCCAUCUGUGUCCCUGCAAGGAGAACUCAGCCCGCACCUUGGUAACCUCACUUUCCUCUCCCUGCUUAAUCUCACAAAUACCAGCCUCACAGGUGAUAUCCCUGCUGAACUUGGUAAACUACGUCGGCUGAAGUUUCUCCUUCUCAACCAAAAUUACCUUGUUGGCUCCAUCCCUUCUGUUCUUAGCAAUCUCACGAGUCUUACCACACUAAAGCUCAGUUAUUGCAACCUAACGGGAAACAUUCCAAAAGAAUUAGAGGGGAACCUUGACUUCUUGUUCUCCCUUUCCAAUUGUAGGCAGCUCCAGGUCCUUGACAUAUGGCAUAAUAAUUUCACUGGGACACUGAUCCCUGAACAUUUGGGAAACCUGUCUACAAAGCUAUUUUGGUUUACAGCAGGUCAUAACAAGUUAACGGGUCAGUUUCCAUCAACACUGUCAAACUUAACCAGCCUUAAUUGGAUUUAUCUUUCCGACAACCUACUCACGGGAGCACUCCCAGAGUCUAUCACAGUUAUGCAAAAUCUUGGGCGGCUUGAUGUCUCGGCCAAUGACAUGUCAGGCCCUAUCCCAGCACAAAUUGGUAUGCUCAAGAGCUUAGAUAGGCUUUAUCUCGACAGAAACAAGUUUUUUGGGCCUAUACCUGAAAGCAUUCAAAAUCUGAGCAGCCUAGAGCACAUAUGGCUUUCUUAUAACAAGUUUAAUUCAACAAUACCGGCAAGCUUAUUCCUACUGGAUAAACUUAUUGAACUAAAUCUUUCUCGUAACUCUCUCACUGGUGUUCUACCAUCUGAUGUUAGUGGGCUAAAGCAAGCGUCUUCCAUUGACUUUUCUUCCAACUUUUUGGGGACUGGGAGCUUUGGAAAAGUUUUCAGAGGGAAACUCAGCACAGGUUUGGUGGUGGCAAUAAAGGUUCUAGACUUGCAGGUUGAACGGGCCAUCAGAAGCUUUGAUGCCGAAUGGCAUGUUCUUCGCGUGGUUCGGCAUCGUAACCUGAUAAGGAUGUUGUACGCAUGUUCCAACAUGGACUUCAGAGCGCUAGUGCUCCAGUACAUGCCCAACGGCAGCUUGGAGAUGCUUCUACACUCCGAAGGCAAAUGGCACUUGGGGUUCCUCAAGAGGCUUGAUAUCAUGGUAGAGGUGUCCAUGGCGAUUGAAUAUCUACACCAUGAGCAUUAUGUGGUGGUUCUGCACUGCGAUUUGAAGCCUAGCAAUGUACUAUUUGAUGAUGACAUGACAGCGCAUGUUGCAGACUUUGGUAUUGCAAAGAUGCUACUGGGUGAUGACAACUCAGUGAUCACUGCUAAUAUGCAUGGGACACUAGGGUACAUGGCACCAGAGUAUGGAUCUCAUGGGAAGACAUCACGCCAGAGUGACGUGUUCAGUUACGGAAUCAUGCUCCUUGAAGUCUUCACUGGAAAGAGACCCACAGAUCCAAUGUUUGUUGGAGAUCUGAGCAUUAGGCAGUGGGUUCAUCAAGCAUUUGCAACUAAGCCUGUUCAUGUUCUGGAUGACAGGUUACUGCAAGACCCUUGUUCUACCUUCGACCUGAAUGGCAUUCUUUCCCCAAUAUUUGAGCUAGGUUUACUCUGCUCAAGUGACUCACCUGAUCAAAGGAUGUCAAUGAGUGAUGUCGUGGCGACGUUGAAAAGGAUAAGAAAGUAUUACGUCAAAUCCACAGAAACAACACAAAAAUGCUCCCCACUUCCCCAAUAGUUACUAAUUAGUAAUUAAUUGUAACAUCUAUUGUGUUCACGCCUGCAGCAGAAAAAAGCUGCAUCGAGCUAUCUUUUAAUUUUUUUUUCUUUCAUUAGUCACUUGUAUAACUGGCUUGUGCUUUCUAGGAUUUCUGUUCUGAAGUACUACUACUA